AUGGGAAACAAUCCAUCCAAGGGCCCGGUCGGAGAUGCCCACUCGAUCCCGGGUUCCGCAGCCACAUCAGCCACCUCCGCUGGUGACAGGAGAGUGAAUCGCCGCCCGUCACUCAAUGCGACCUCAGGGACCAACAAAGCGACCACUCUAGACCCGUCGGCAUCCAAGGAGACGGCGACCGGACAUCCCGCCCAUGAAAACCAAGCAACCGCCCAGCAACUUCUCCAAUCAAGCAAUGUCGGCGAUCCAUCUCCGCGUCAAGUAAACGAACCGAAGCGGACAGGACAACCCCCCCACGAACCGCCCUCCCUUGAUCCAUCCACCCCCGUCGAAGUCCCGGUUUCUCGUUCCGCCCCGAAACAGGACCCCUACCCCUCCAUAGACCCGUCGGCCCCGCCUCCCAAUACCUACUACAAUACGUCCACCCAUCUCCAGCGGCCGCCGCGGUUACCGCUACCCAUUGGUGAUGCUACUGCGACUCCCGGGUCGCCCAUUCUCGGACCGGAGGACUCCUUGAACUCGGCUCCCUCCGACCAACUGCUGGGCGAGAGUGCCGGCCCACAGGCCUCCGGUCAGCGCCGCCCGACGGUCGAUGAGGAAGAAACGCUGGACGAGCUGGAGCCGUACACCACAAGUGGUGUCGGACGGGCGGUGCCGACCACAAUCGAAUGGACUGCACCCGGCGAUAAGGUCUACGUCACCGGAACCUUUGUCAACUGGGAGAAGAAAUAUCGAUUGCACAGAAGUGAACAAAACCCCCGCAUCAUGUCCGCGACCCUGAAUCUUCGACCGGGGACGCAUCAUCUGAAGUUCAUCGUGGACGGGCAGAUGUGCGCCGCGGACACCCUUCCCACCGCCGUCGACUUUACAAACCACCUGGUCAACUACAUCGAAAUCAGUGCCGACGACAGCAGUCGCACACGAAGCGGGAGCGACAGGACCUCUCGGAGCCGAGCCCCGCCUGGCGUUCACCCGCCCCAGGUUCUUCCCGACGCCUCGGGGAGCGACCAGGUCCGGUCCGCGGUGGAAGAGCAGUCCGACAAGGAAGAACCGGAAGAGAUCCUGCUAGGAGACUUCCGCUGCAUUGUCCCGCAAUUUCUGGUGGAUUUGGACAAAGAGGAAGAUAGCGAGGAAACUCCGGAGUACAAGCAGGCGGUCAACGUCAUUGGCGAUGCGCCUACGCCGCCAAGUCUGCCGCUCUUCCUGGGCAAGUCCAUCCUCAACGGCACCACCCCGAUGAAGGACGAUAGCAGCGUCUUGAACUACCCGAACCACACGGUUUUGAACCAUCUCGCCACGAGUAGUAUCAAGAACGGUGUUCUCGCCACGAGUGUAACCACCCGGUACAAGCGCAAGUAUGUAACCACGAUACUGUACAAACCCACCGCGCACAUUACAGGAUAA